CCUGGCUCGUGCAAAAUUUUCUCCUUCUUCAAUAAUGAAAUACGGACACAGAAACUAUGGAGGAAAGACAAGAGCUACUGCUACAUCCAAGAUCUCAGCCCAAUGCUCAUGGCAUUCACGACCUCCCCCCAUCCAGCGAUUCUUUGGCCACUCCUGCUGUGGUUCUCAGCACCAUAGUCGCCAUCUGUGGUUCCUUUGCUGUUGGGUGUUCUACAGGGUAUUCAUCACCUGCUCGGUCCGGAAUCAUGGAAGACCUGGGCAUGUCUGUGGCCGCUUACUCCAUCUUUGGUUCUGUUGUUACAAUUGGAGGAAUGCUAGGUUCAUUAAUAAAUGGAACGAUGGCUGAUCUCAUUGGUCGAAGAUAUACAAUGUGGGUGUCUGAAUUUUUCUUCAUCAUUGGGUGGCUUGCAAUAGCAUUUGCACAGGGUGCCUGGUUGCUGGAUCUUGGAAGACUUUUAAUAGGGAUCGGACAUGGGAUUACACUUUUUGUGGUACCAGUGUACAUUGCAGAAAUAACACCUAAAAACAUUCGUGGGGGACUUACAUCUGCUAGUCAGUUCAUGGCAGGUUGUGGACUUUCACUAAUAUAUUUCAUUGGAACUGUUGUUUCCUGGCGCACCUUGGCUCUGAUUGGGGCUUUUCCAUGUGCAUUGCAAACUAUAGGUGUUUUCUUCAUCCCAGAGUCUCCUAGAUGGUUGGCAAAAGUUGGUCACGAAAAAGAGUUAGAAGUGACUCUGCAGCACCUCAGGGGAAAGAAUGCUGAUAUUUCUCAGGAAGCAGCUGAUAUUAGAGACUAUAACAAGAAUUUUCAGGGGCAUUCUGAAACUAGAAUCCUAGAAUUAUUCCAGUGGAGAUAUGCUUAUAUUCUUAUUGUCAGUAUUGGGAUACUUCUAUUUCAACAGUUUGGAGGGAUCAAUGCAAUUGCAUAUUAUGCUAGCUCCAUUUUUGAAAAAGCUGAUUUCUCCAGUAAUGUUGGGCUAAUAUCAAUUGCUAUUAUCCAGACUCCAGCUGCUGCUGUUUCUGUUCUCUUAACAGAUAAAUGUGGAAGGAGGCCACUUCUCAUGGUUUCUGCCUUUGGCAUGUGCUUAAGUUGCUUUCUCAUAGGAAUAGCAUUCUGCUUGCAGGACCUUCACAAGUUGACAGGGAUCACUCCCAUUUUGGUCUAUAUUGGUAUAUUGGGCUAUAGCGUGGCUAUAUCUGUCGGCAUGCUAGGAUUACCAUGGGUUGUAAUUUCUGAGAUAUUUCCUAUAAACAUCAAGGGUACAGCUGGAAGUCUGGUGACUUUAAUCAAAUGGAUAUGUUCCUGGAUUGUUACAUUUACUUUCAGUUUUAUGAUAGAAUGGAGCGCAACGGGAACAUUUUUCAUACUCUUUGGACUUUGUGGAGCAGCUGUUGUGUUCAUUGCAAAGGUGGUGCCAGAGACCAAGGGGCGAACGUUAGAAGAAUUACAAGCUUCAAUUACUCAUGUUUCUGCACUAAGAAAAACCACAAGUACUAGUUUCUUCACUUUCUUCUUGGUCACUGAAGAGAAUCAAGAAAUGGGUAGGGAAGGCAUAGAAGAAGGAGAAAUAUCGAGCUCUCUACUUGUCAAAGAUAGAUCUCAGAUACGUGGAAGAGAUGAUGCCUGUGUUAGUGGAGAAGUGCAGAGUGGAGGAUCUUCAGCAACUACUGUGUUGGUGAUAAGCACCCUGGUUGCUGUUUCUGGUUCAUAUGUUUUCGGCUCAGCUGUAGGAUAUUCAUCACCCACUCAGUCUGGAAUCAUGGACGACCUGGGUCUAUCUUUGGCAGAGUACUCAGUUUUUGGUUCUAUAUUAACAAUCGGGGCAAUGGUAGGCGCAAUAAUGAGUGGGAGGAUAGCAGAUUACACUGGUCGAAGAGGCAUAAUGGGCUUCUCAGAAAUGUUUUGCAUCAUAGGAUGGCUUGCAAUAGCAUUCUCAAAGGCUUCUUGGUGGCUCAAUGUUGGAAGACUGUUGGUAGGAUACGGGAUGGGGCUUCUUUCUUAUGUGGUACCAAUUUAUGUAGCUGAGAUUACGCCCAAGAAUCUGCGAGGAGCAUUCACAACAGCUCAUCAGUUGAUGAUAUGUUGUGGUGCAUCAAUAACAUUUCUUAUUGGAGCUUUUGUGUCCUGGCGAAUUUUGGCUGUGAUUGGAACAAUUCCAUGUCUUGUUCAACUUCUUGGGCUGUUCUUCAUUCCAGAAUCUCCUAGAUGGUUGGCAAAGAUUGGACGAUGGAAAGAGUGUGAAGCUGCUCUGCUGCGUCUUAGAGGGGAGAAUGCUGAUAUCUCAGAUGAAGCAGCUGAGAUUAAAGAUUACACAGAAACCCUUCAACAGCAUUCUGAAGCAGGCAUAUUCGAAUUGUUCCGGUGGAAAUAUGCUCAUUCACUCAUUGUUGGAGUGGGCCUGAUGGUACUGCAACAAUUUGGAGGGGUCAAUGGCAUUGCAUUUUAUGCAAGUUCUAUAUUUGUAUCAGCUGGUUUCUCUGGUACUGUUGGGACUAUUGCAAUGGUUGUCGUCCAGAUUCCACUGACAGCAUUGGGAGUAGUCUUGAUGGACAUAUCUGGGCGAAGGCCACUUCUGAUGAUCUCUGCAGCUGGAACAUGCUUGGGUUGCUUUCUUGUAGCAUUGUCAUUUUUGUUACAGGACCUUCAUAAAUGGAUGGACUUCUCUCCCUUUUUGGCACUUAUUGGUGUACUGAUAUAUAUAGGAUCAUUCGCACUAGGCAUGGGAGGAAUCCCCUGGGUUAUAAUGUCGGAGGUAUUUCCUAUAAACAUGAAGGGCUCAGCUGGAAGUCUUGUGACAGUAGUUAAUUGGUUAGGUUCUUGGAUUAUUUCCUAUGCUUUUAACUUCUUAAUGGAUUGGAGUUCAUCAGGAACAUUCUUCAUAUUCGCAAGUAUAUGUGGCGUAACCGUUUUGUUUGUUUCGAAGCUGGUACCAGAGACCAAGGGACGAACAUUGGAAGAAAUACAAGCAUCCAUGAAUCCAUUUACAGCAAACUGAUGAAUUUGGCAUCUUCACCUUGCAUUCAUUUUGUGUUUUCAUGGAUUCCAACGAGCCCGAUGGUACUGUAACUCGUGCAAACCUCUGAUGGAAAAUUUACCUGGAUGUUUUAGUAGUGAGUAUGCACAAACGUAUUGGUCUGUGAUAAACAAGCUAUCUAAGUACUUUGAUUUCAUCA